AUGGCAACGACAACAGUCCUGGCGAGGAACAGCCCCCCCCCUCUGCCCCCGCGCCCUUCCCGCCCCUCCCUCGACUCGACUCACUCGAUAGACGCGAGAAUGGCAAUGGCAGCGGCCACAACUGCCGUCACACCCCUCGACAUUCAGACUCUGUCCUUUCCAGAUGGCUCGCGCGGGACUUUCUCGACACCAGGCCCGAGGACGUCCGUCGCCUCCUCCAAAAACGGGAGCGGCUCGGCGACACCCACCACAGGCAUGGCCGAAAUGGAAGAUUCGAUGAGCAUCAUGAGCUUCGCUCCGACAAUGCGCCCAGCCGGCGACAUUGCGAGUCUGCUCGUUGGAGAGUUUAGCAGGAAGAGCCGCGCGUGGAACCUGCUCAGGUCACAGUCGGCCACGGUUCAGCCAUUUGAGAGUCUUAGGAUGGACGACACCACGCGCAACCUGGCGGGAUUUGAGAACGAGUUUGACGAAUUGCCCGCAUCGGCGAACACGGACUUCAAGGACGAGGACCGCGUGGCAAUUUGGAAGUCCAAGUUGAAGCAUUACAUGAUCCUCUCCUCGGCAGGGAAACCUAUCUACAGUCGGCACGGCGAUCUGGGGCUCAUCAACUCGUCCAUGGGCGUCAUCCAGACUAUCAUAUCCUUCUACGAGGGUUCCAAGAACCCUUUGCAGGCCUUCACGGCUGGCCAGACGCGCUUCGCCAUAUCCAUCCAAGGCCCCCUAUACUUCGUCGCCAUCAGCCGUCUCGGUGAGAGCGACUCUCAGCUCAGGGCCCAGCUCGAAGCUCUAUACAUGCAGAUCCUCUCGACACUCACCCUCCCCGUUCUCAAGAACAUCUUUGUCCACCGCCCGUCAACGGACCUGCGCAAACCACUCGAGGGCACCGAGCCUCUCAUCUCGUCGCUCGCCGACAACUUCACCAAAGGCUCACCUUCCGCCCUCCUCGGGGCUCUAGAAUGCCUCAAGCUCCGUAAAUCCCAACGCCACGCCAUUAACAACGCAUUCCUCAAACAGCGCACAGAAAAGCUACUGUACGGCCUCAUUGUUGCCGGCGGUAAGCUUGUCAGCGUCAUCCGCCCCCGCCGGCACUCUCUCCACCCCUCCGACCUCCAGCUCAUCUUCAACAUGCUCUUUGAAUCAGGCGGUAUUAAAGCCGGCGGCGGUGAGAAUUGGGUUCCUCUUUGCCUUCCCGCCUUCAACAACCGCGGCUACCUAUACAUGUAUGUCUCCUUCUUUGACGGCGUUGAGGGCGACCACACAACAACCACCUCGGAAUCCGGCGCGAACAAGGAGGAAGAGCUCGCUAUCAUUCUCAUCAGCCCCGACAAGGAAUCCUUUUUCGAGUUAAAACAGAUGCGCGACAACGUCGCCGCCUCCCUGGCACAGUCAGGGCACCUCGCGACCAUCCAGGCGGCGGCACGCGUCGGACGGCCCAAGACGGUCGACAUCGCGCCCGGCGGCCAAAUCUCCCAUUUUCUGUACAAAUCCCGCGCAAACGUGCAGUUCUCCAUGUCCGCCCUCGACCCCGUCUUCUCCUCUCUCAUAGCCCGCCGCCGCCUCAUGAAACUAUACCACCAACUCCAUGCCGCCGUCCACGCAAAACACUCACAUAUGCGCGUCCUCCACUCCGUCUCCGAGGAUGCCACCUCCCUAGCAUGGAUCACGCCCAUUUUCGAAUUCUACUGCGUCGCCGGCCCCAACGUAAGCCGGGCCGUCGUCACCCAGGGCGCGAACAAGGUCAUUCAAUGGGCCCGUCGCGAGGAGGAACGGAUCUUCAUUAUAGGCGGCGGUGUAUUUUAA